AUGCUUUGUCCUCGCUGGCACGGGGUUCAAGGUUACAGACGAUACGAAUACGUGAGGCGCUGUGGCACCAACAUGUACUACCGCACGCUUGGGGUGAAGCGUCGUGCGACGCAGGAGGAGAUCCGCAAGGCAUUUCGCUCUACGGCUGUGCAGAUGCACCCCGAUAAACCUGGUGGGUCUGUCGAGCUCUUUCAGGCCCUCCAAACCGCGUACGAGGUGCUGAGCAAUGAGAAGAAGCGUGCCCUCUACGAUGCGGAGUUGGCGAAGCAGCGAAGUAAGCUGCGCGGGUUUAAGCGGCCACCCGCGCUUGACAACAUCCGCUCUCCAGUGCACUACAAAUUGGCGGACGGUGAGUACUACGCAUUUGAAACCGCCCCAGACUGCCUGAAGUGUAGAUUUAAGCAUGGCGACAUUAUCAGCUACAACGACAAGUUGGGCUGCUUUAUUGGUCUCGGGGGAGACGACUAUCUUUACUGGCGCCCUGACGACCAAGCACAUGCGUCCAGGUUGUGUCAGAAGGGAAGUUUUGGGGUGGAUAGUGUAAAAGUCGUGGUGCGUGCCAACUUCAAACCUUCCCACUCUGGGUACCCUCCCUCCUCCCUGCCACCUCGGGCCGCUGGCUCUGCCGCUGCAGGGACUCACGGGGCGGCGACGAAUAAAGGGCGACCGGGCCAGGUCUCGAAGGCGGAGCAGCUGCGACAAGACAUUAUACGGAGGGAGCGGGAGCGGCGUUGCCGGGAAUGCAUCGCGGCGCUUGUUGAGGACGAGAAGAAGCAGCGCGUGCGCCUGGUAGAGAAAAUUGAAGCCGACAUGGAAGAUGAGCGGCAGAGCUUCAGAGACUGGCGGGCGGCCGGCGAUCUCGUAGUGGGGGUGGAGGAGCCGGCAUGGAUCACCCACGCGAAGCCACACGCGGCUGGGAAACAGGCCGGAUUGCAACGCGAGGGCUCUGCAGUUUGCUAA